AUGACGACCAGACAGUCUCAGGUCGCCCUGAUCUGCCUAAAAAAGGAGUUUCUGAGCGGAGCUCCCGAGGAACGGCCAACCAAGCUGCUGAUCAAUGGCCAGUAUGCGAAGCUCGCCGGCUCCGAUCUGCGCCUAAUCUUCCAUGAUCAAAGUAUCCUUGAGCUGUGCGAUAUCGAGAGUUUGGGACACGAGCAGCUGCGAAACGUCGUUGAUCGCAUAACAGACAAAAUGAUUAGCGUGUCUGAAGAGCUGUCUUAUUUUUCGGCCAUUCUGCUGCUCCAAAUCUUCGUCCAGACCAACUUCACAGGCCCUAAACUGCCUCUGGUAGAAGAACUGGGCUUUCUCACAAACCUCACAGCCUCCACUCCAGCAGCUCUGUCUCUUCUUUCUCUGUCAGGACAACGGCCCAACAAACUUGUGGACUGGCCCAUGGCCCUGAUUUUGUCGCUGCGUCUCUUCGAAAAGCUGCAACGCUGCGAACUCAGUCUUAUUGGAGAAAACCAGUCCAUCGAGCCUGAAGCUGCCGUCAGCCAAUCAAACGUCCCAGAGCUCACGGAGGACAACCACCUCCAAGCCGCUCUGUGCUGGUGGCGCGCAAGAGCACUGCAGGUCCAGCAGUCACUGUUCCACGACCAAAACCCAGUGCUGUCUACGCUAACGUUCUCGCUGCUUUGUCCCUCUUUGGUGGCAGCGCUGAUGGACAAUACAGAUGUCAACACAGUUACAAACCAGUACAUUCUAGUUCUGUACCAUCUGGAGCGAGCCAGAGCCGCGCUAAGUGCCGGCUCAGAGACCCAGGCCGCAGAGAGUCUGGCUAAGGCGAAGUCUGCCUCAGGGCUCCAGUUUGUGCUCACAGGCUGCAAGGCCAAGCGGACCAAGUUCCAGGAGAAGGCAUUUGCGGCACUGGCUGUUCUGGCCCGCUCGCAGGACACUCUGUUGCGCGCUGGGUCGGAAAAUCGACAGAAUCCGCAGGAGGUGGCUCUGAACGACGACCUCUUUCUGGAGCGGUUGCAGUACGAAAAUCUGGGCGACGACCAGGCCCUCGAAGAGCUUGGAGACGAGAAACGCGUCAAGAUCGACUUCCCGAACUACGAGUCCACCGAAGACCAGGAAUCGAGGCUGCUCCCGAUCGCUGCCAAGGAAGAGGACAUCCCUGCACCGCUGCGGUCGCUGGACCCAAAUAGCCAGCCGCCGCUCGCCGAUCUCGACAGUGUGCAGCUUUUGCUGCGUCUGGAGACGAUCCGCGCGAACUCGCCGGCCAACAACGCGCUCGUGGGCGAGGAGCUGAGGGCGCUUGUGGAGAGAGUCCUGUUUUCUCCGCCGGGAAGCGUCAACUGGCUCGUUUUCAGCAACGCUCUGUGGCAGCGGUCUCUGCUAGAAACCACCAGGCCCAAGACGGUCGAGAGAGGGGUUUUGCAGCUGUACUCGCUUGUCGAGGAGCUCGGCGUGCACGCGGAGCAGACCGCCCGCCUGUUCCCAAAAACCAAGGAGGAGGAGCAGUUCCCGGAAAUUUUCACAGCUUCAGAUCUCCCGGACGACACUACACUAAUAAAUGCCGUGAGAUCGCAGUACAUCUACGCUUUGUCGCUAAGCCCGAAAUGGUCGCUGGACUCCAGGCUGGCAGAAAAGCUCAUUGAGCUCGGCUCCGUCAAGUCUGCGCUCGAGAUCUACGAAAGACUGCAGCUGUGGACCGACGCUGCUCUGUGCUACGGCUCGAUAGGAAACGAGAAAAAGGCCGAGGAGCUGGUUCUGCGGCAGCUCGCAGAGACGCCCGACGACGCGCGCGCGCUGUGCGUGCUCGGCGACGUGCGCCAGGACCCGGCGCUCUGGGAAAAAGCGUGGCAGCUCGGCCGCUACGCCAACGCCAAACGGUCGCUCGCAAAAUACCACUACCGGCUCCCGGACGGGUCACGUGACUACGCCGCGGCGAUCGGCCACCAGUACGACUGUGUGCGUGCGAACCCGCUCAGCUUCGAGAACUGGUACUUCUACGGGUGCUUGGGGCUGGAGACGGAGAACUACGAGCUGGCCGCAGAGGCGUUCACGCGGUGUGUUGCGCUGGACGAUGGCAGCCAGUACUCGUGGUCGAACCUGGCGUCGGCGCUGCUGCGGCUGGACAAGCUGAAGGAGGCGUUCACGGCGUUGCAGCGGGCGGUGAGCUCGGGCGACACGGAGAAGGCCUCGUGGAAGAUCUGGGAGAACUACCUGAUUGUGGCGGUGAAACUGGGCCGUUGGGACGACGUGCUUCUUGCGUCGCGCACUUUGCUGGACACGCGGAAGCUUGACGGCGACGGGUCGCUGGAUAUCCCGAUCUUGGAGAAACUGGCCACGCUGCUUGUUUCCGAGCCGUACGACGAGGACGCGCGACAGACGCAUUUCAAGAGAACGUGUCUCAAGUUCCUGUGUCAGGAGGUGCCGGCCGUGGUGAACUACAGCGCUCGCGUGUGGCGCAUUGUGGCUAAGGUGGACCUGUGGCGCAAGAAGCCGUGGCUGGCUCUCGAGGACUACGAGAAAGCGUACCGCGCGGCGGUCAGCCGGCCGGAGCUCGAGGUGGACCAGGACGUGUGGCGAGAGGCCGUGACGGCGUGCGAGGACCUGGUGUCUGCGUACGAGAAUUUUGGCGAGCUACCGGGCAAACACAAUGCCGGCGACGUGGUCUGCAAGGACUGGCGGUUCAAGGCGCGGUCGACGGUGCGGUCGCUGCUGUCGAAGGGCAAGGUUUGGGAGGACACAGAGGAGUAUGUGCGGCUGCAGGAGUUGAGAGAUGAGAUAAAGAAUAAAUAG